UCUACCAGCGGGAUGCGGCAAGUAACGCUCUUGCUCCAAUCUCCCCCCAAAUAUCUGUGCAAGGAGCGUGCAAAGAAAAAGUUCAUGCCUUCACUGAAUGUACAAGUCAGGCAAAACUGCAGUAAACAGUCUAAGGAAGAACGCACUUUAUGCUGAAAAACUGGAACAAAUGUCAGCUUUUUUCAUAGCUUGGUGAUAUUCACAGCAUUUCUGAAUAGCUCCAUUUUUUGCUUCAGUGGUUUCACAGGACUGGUAGUUUUAACACAACUGGAAGUAACUUUUGAAAUAACUGAAUUUAUCUAACCCGCUCGAUAUUUUUUUCUGGAUUAUGCGUGCAACAUCUAACAGGUGCCAAAGAUGAGAGAGUGGCUCAGAGUGUGGGCAGUCCUACAGACUGUAGCUAUAUUACCUGGAAAAGUCAGUACUCAGCAGCAAGGGAGAUGCCAGAAUGUCUAUACUGCAGAUAUUGUCUUCUUGGUUGAUGGUUCAUCCAGCAUUGGCCGACCUAAUUUCCAACAAAUCAGAAUGUUCAUGGAAGGAAUUCUUAACAUAUUUAUAAAUGCUGUCAAAGAAGAUGGUGUCCGGUUUGGAGUUGUGCAGUAUAGUGAUGACCCCAGAGUGGAGUUUUCUUUUCUUGACCACAAAAAUGGAACCGAGGUGAAAAAAGCUAUUCAGAGCUUGAGCUACAAAGGAGGAAAUACAAGAACAGGAACAGGGCUAAAAUAUUUAGCUGACCAUUUUUUUGGGACAAGUGCAAUUCGGGCUAACAUUCCAAAAGUUGUCAUUUUGAUAACAGAUGGAAAAUCUCAGGAUUCCAUUACCAACCCUUCAAUAAAACUUAAAAGCCAGGAUGUCAAAGUUUUUGCAGUGGGUAUCAAGAAUGCAGAUCGACAAGAACUUGAACAAGUGUCAUCCAAACCAACGGAGCAGUUUUUGUUUUAUGUCACUAAUUUUAAAAUCCUACAGACUCUAUUACCACUAGUGACACGCAGGGUGUGUGAAAGUGUUGGAGGAGUUCUACAGACUGAUGCAACCGAGACCUACACAGGGCCAUCCAAUCUGGUGUUUGUUGAGGAAACUUCAGAGUCUCUCAGAGUUCGUUGGACUGCUGCUGGGGGCCCUGUCACUGGGUACAGAGUACAGUAUGUCCCUCUCACUGAACUUGGGCAGCAAAUCACAAGUCAAUUACGUGAGAUCGAUGUUCGGGCCAGUGAUACAAUAACAGUUCUCAGUGAGCUAAGAGCAGCAAGAGACUACCAGGUGACGGUAAUUGCUCAGUAUGCAAACAGCAUUGGAGAGUCAGUUACAGGAAAAGGACGCACAAGGUCAUCAGAGAUUAUACCUGGCUUAAGGAUUAUCGAUUCUGGGCCAUUCAGUCUCAGUCUGUCCUGGGGAGCUCCUGCCAUACCCUUACAAGGAUAUAGGAUCACCUACACAGCCAGAGGAGACUCACAAGGAGAGAAAACCUUGUCAGCUGCUAGUACUUCUGCGACACUGAAUGGGCUUGUUCCAAAUACAGAGUACACCAUCACACUCUAUCCCAUCUUUCCAGGGAGUACAGCUGAAGCAUCUUCUAUCGUCACUGGCAAAACCUUGCAGUUGGAAGGAGUGCAACAACUGGACAUACGGAAUAUUUCCUCUCAAAGUAUGCAGGUGUUCUGGCGGGGAGUAAGUGGAGUUACAGGGUACCGUGUCAGCUGGAGACCUGUCUCAGGACGUGAUACUGUGAAAGUGGAUAUCGCAGCAAACAGAGACUCUUACCUCAUUCAGAAUCUGCUCCCAAACACUGAUUAUGUGGUAACAGUAAAUGCACUGUAUGGCUUAACUGAAGGAACACCUGUGACCACCAGAGUGAAAACAGGAGAAGUUCAAACACUCAGGGCGUUUGCUGUUGAUACCAACUCUAUCAAGCUGAUCUGGAAUGUCAUUCGUGAGGCCAGAGGGUACAGAUUAGAGUGGAGAAGAGCUGAAGGUGAUGAAAGACCACAGACAGUCUCCUUUCCUACCAGCACCAACAGCUAUGAGAUUACUGCCCUGGAUGCAGGGACAGAGUACUUCAUCACACUGUACACGCUGUAUGAAGGUAGAGAGGUAGCAACACCUGCAUCCACUAUUCUAACAGAUGGACCAGUAGGUAUUAUCACCAACCUCAAAGUGUUAGACGUUGCCAGUAACAGAAUACGACUAGGAUGGACUGGAGUCCCAGGAGCAACAUCAUAUCGCAUUGUUAUCAGAAACUCUGAGGAUGAUUCUGAAGUAACAGAACUCAUACCAGGUGACCGGAAUACCUUUGAUGUUGAAAAUUUAAAAGAAGGCAUUGUCUAUAACAUCAGAAUCUCAGCUUUGAUUGAUGGCAGAGAAGGCAGCCCUGUACCCAUUACUAUCAGAACAGCAAAAACUGUUACAAUAGACACUGUUAGUGACAUCCGAGUACUGGAUGUAAGAGGUGGUCGGAUCCAGUUGACAUGGACUGGAGUCCCUGGAGCAACACAAUACAAAUUUGUCAUCAGAAGUACUGAAGAUGGCACAGAGUUCGUCAGAUUUGUACCUGGAGACCAGAAUACAUUUGAGAUUCAUGACUUGAAAGAGGGCAUCACUUACAUCAUUAGAGUCUCAACCCUAAUUGGAACCAGAGAGGGAAACCCCAUCACAAUCAGUGUCAGAACUGAAGAAGCCACCGAAACCCCUGUGCCUGGAGUGACUAAUCUGAAAGUGACUGACUCAGGGAUAAGUUAUAUUCGCAUUGCUUGGGACAGGGUUGCCCGAGCAACAGAAUAUAAGAUCACAUGGCACCAAGCAGAUGGUAGAGAAUUCUCCAGGACUGUGGCUGGUGAUGUUUUUUCAUACAACAUUGAAGGCCUACAACAAAAUUCUGCCUACACAGUCGGUGUCACUGCCCGUGUUGGAAGCAGAGAAGGAAUCCCUGCUACAAUUAUUGCAAGAACUGAGGAAGCUGCUGUACCUGGUGUGACUAACCUGCGAGUAACUGAAUCAGGAAUAAAUAAUAUUCGCAUUGCAUGGAGCAGGGUUGCACGAGCAACGGGGUAUAAGAUCACAUGGCGUCAUCUAGGUAGAGAAUUCUCCAGGAUUGUGGCCAGUGAUGUUUUUGCAUACAACAUUGAAGGCCUACAAGAAAAUUCUGCAUACACAGUCGGUGUCACUGCCCGUGUUGGGAGCAGAGAAGGAAUCCCUGCCACAAUCAUUGCAAGAACUGGUCUCCAAGUUGGAACUGUUACCGAUCUGCAGGAGAUUGAGUCUGAAAGUAGACGAGUACGGAUAUCGUGGGCAGAGGUUACCAGGGCAACAGGCUAUAAGAUUACAUGGCAACACAGUGAUGGUGUUGAAGACUCCAGAGUUGUUUCAAGAGACAUUACAUCCUUAGACCUUGAUGGUUUGCGGCCUGAUUCUGUUUACGUGGUCAGAGUUUCUGCAUUAGUAGGUGACAGAGAAGGAAGUCCAGCCACCAUCACUGUGAGAACUGCUGGUGUGCCAGACCAAGUGGGCACUGUCACCAGUCUACAGAUCCUGGAAUACCAAAGCAACGUUGUCAGAGUGAGGUGGGUUGGUGUGCAGGGAGCAACAGCCUACAGAAUCAUCUGGAGCCCAACUGAUGGGGGCCCAGAGAACAGCAAAGUGGUAUCUGGAGAGGUCACUUCUGUGGAUAUUGAAAGUCUGGAUCCUGAAGUGAGCUACACUGUCAAGGUCAUAGCACUGAUCGGUGAGAGAGAAGGGAACCCAGUCUCCAUUAGUGUCAAAACACCUUCGUCACGGUCAGUAAGUGAUUUCAGGGUGACUGACAGGAGAAGGAAUAGUGUCUCACUCGCAUGGAAUGCUGCUCCUGCUUCCACAGGUUAUGGUCUGUCCUGGAAACUUUCCUCAGGUGGAGAUCCACUACAGAGGAUUUCACUGUCUGGAGCAAGCAACACUUAUGUGGUCAGUGGCCUUCAGCUAGGCAAAGAAUAUACCUUUACUGUAUAUCCCAUUUAUGGAGAUGUUCCUGGAGCAGAUUCAUUCGUUUCAGCUAGAACAGUGUGUGACAGGCGUCGUCUACAUGACAUUGUGUUUCUUGUCCAUGCCACUCGGGAUAGUGCAUCCAAUGAAAAGCUAAUCAAAGAUUUCCUUUACAAUGUAAUAUCUUCAUUUGCAGACUUUGGGCCUGAUUCUACACAGGUGGGUCUGUCUAUGUACAGCUACAGAGCACAACCUUGGUUACUUCUUGGACGUUCCAGCAACAAGGAGACUGUUCUGCAAAUGAUCAGAACAAUUCCCUAUAAUGAGCCAAGUGGAAAUGCUAUAGUGCUCGCUGCACCAUUUGAUAUACUGAGAAUGAGGAAGUUGUGGAUAAUAGGGUAUCUAGGGACUCAAAAAGCAAGCCACGGGUUUUCACUCAAGAACCUAUAUGACACAGGGCUGGCACAGGAUAACUGUGAAAUUCUGGACACCCUUCAUUUUGCACUGAAUGCAGAAUGCAAUCCUGAUGCAUCAGGAAG